CUCCCUCUGUGGGCCGACGGGGUUGGUCGCCACACCGGAAGGGAUUUUGUUGUGAAGGAGCGACGGAUUUCGUCCAUUCUUUCAAAGAUUAUUGGUUUAAUUGAGCCGAAUAGGAAUACGAAUCGAUUAAAGACUGGGCGUUGCAACUAACCGAGAUGUUUUACCAUAUUUCUUUGGAGCAUGAAAUCUUACUCCACCCGCGGUAUUUCGGCCCCAACCUCCUGAACACCGUCAAACAGAAGCUGUUCACAGAAGUGGAGGGUACCUGCACUGGAAAGUACGGUUUUGUCAUUGCAGUCACCACCAUCGACAACAUCGGAGCGGGUGUAAUUCAGCCUGGCAGAGGCUUCGUCCUGUACCCGGUCAAGUACAAGGCCAUUGUGUUCCGACCAUUUAAGGGGGAAGUGGUGGAUGCUGUGGUCACUCAGGUUAACAAAGUUGGACUGUUCACUGAAAUCGGCCCCAUGUCUUGUUUCAUCUCUCGCCAUUCCAUUCCCUCAGAAAUGGAGUUUGACCCCAACUCCAAUCCUCCGUGCUAUAAGACAGUUGAUGAGGACAUUGUAAUCCAGCAAGAUGACGAGAUCCGGCUAAAGAUUGUCGGCACAAGAGUGGAUAAGAAUGACAUUUUUGCCAUUGGAUCUCUUAUGGACGAUUACUUGGGUCUUGUGAGCUGAUUUCCUCCAGAGAGAGCACAUUUCAUACUGGAUGAUUUUAUGUAAAGACCUGGCCAUUACUUUUGUUAAAAUGAGUAUUUUUUUAUGGCAGUAGUGGUUACAGAUCUUGAAGCCCUGUAGCUGUUAUUUUCAUUAUGCUGUAUAUCUUAAGUUUGUAUGUUUUUAUUGGAUUUGCUAUUCCUCUGAUAUAGUUAUAAAAUGGUUGUACAUUGACAUCUGCAAGUUGUGACACUAGAAUUCAUAAUUGGCAUUCUGAUCACAUAUGCUUUGUUUUUGUACCUGGACUAUAAUAAAAUAUUGUAUUUGUU